UUUUCACGACUUGUACGUCAAGGAUAAUAUAUCUAUAGAUAUUCCGAUUCGACAACAGCACCUGCGAGUAAACGACGCAAUGUCAGCUUCACGUGGUGUGGGUUAUGGAUCCGCUGUGCUUAAUUUUGCGGUGGUGCUACCGGUGCUGACCGUGACCGUUGCUGCGUUUGGAUCUCAAAAAUUUAUGGAUGACGUUCAAAAUCAGAUACAGCAGUCACUGGACACAAAUCUCAAAGCCGCUCAGAAGAACUUUGCUACCCAUCAGGAUAAAAUUGACAAACUACACGAAUCGAUAUCGAAAAUGAGCGAUACGUCCUCAUACGGCACCGCACAGCCCAGCAGUGUUUAUGUUGACAACGAUGGUUAUAGCCAACGAGUCUUUGUUUCCGGAUCAGCCUCAGUGGCAUCCGAUGGUCAAGAAAGUUUCGUAAAAGCAACAGGGUAUUCAUCUCGCGGACCUUGUACAGUUACGAAAAAAGAAUCAGGCGGCUCAACUUCUGCUGAAGUACACUGCAAAGGAGCAUCAAACGUAAAAUCAGAAUUAUAAUUACUGCUUUUGUUCAGUAUUCUUUUACAAUUUUAAUUGUAAAACUAUUUUUUAAACCAAAAACAAAACUUGUAGUUUUAAAAGUCGAGUUGUUGCUUUUAUGCAUGGAUUGCAUUGCUUGUGUGGUUUCGAUAUUUUCUUUACUUAAUGUAGAAAUGUUGUAUUAUGGAGGAUUUUAAUGUAGACUAAAAUUUAAGCUUGUGGAUCUGACUGUGAGUGGAUAUUAUUAUUAGUACUACUUUCUGUCCAUUUAGGUGUUAAAUUUCUUACUCUUCUAAUUCCGGUCAAAAAAUAAAAACUUACAUUAUCUA